AUGGUGUCAAAGAACAUUUUCGCGGAGCCCAUCGACGUCGAUUUGCCUCCCUCCCAAAUCACGACUCGAAAGGACCACCCCGUUCCUCGAAAAGGGAUUCGGGAGAAUGCUCCGCUUCAGACAAACAAGUUCUACUCCAACUUCUUCUUGGAAGACCAGCGAUGUCCGACCUUUACUUUUCCCUACUCGCUGGCCUGGGCUGGAGGAAAAGGCAUAACGGCCAGCUGGGGCAUGGCAUGCUCUCACACGGAGGCUAGCCAACGGGUUUUUGGCAAAGAGAAGUUUAACGGUGCUUCGUCUUUCUAUCUCAACCCGGUGGGCAUCCAUUCCCUGGUUCUUUCUGCCAAGGAGCUUGGAAAAGAAACGAUUCUUUCCAUUGACAGCAUGACAGCCUUCUCGGCGCGGGUUCACCUGAGCAGAGACGACAAUUCUCCACCCGCUAUAUCGUUUCCCCUGGUGCAAGGAAUGGCAUACAUUACGGCACAGUAUAGCGGAUCAACCCCCGUCAUUCAAACUGGUGUAUUCUUCAAGACUAUGACUCGGGUAACACGAGAACUCAAGCAUGGCGUAGCCAAAUUCACGUUUCAUCUCGAGGAUGGAGCCACUUGGCUGAUGUAUGCUUGGGCGACAAAGGGGGAUCCGCUGGACCUCAGGGUUAUCAACAAUGGACUAGCUGAAUCGAAGAAGCCGUUCCAUGGCAUCAUUCAGGUUUGCAAGUGUCCAAAGAGCCAGGAUGCCGAGGAUAUCUUGGACGAUGGCGCCGGCAUCUGGCCCGUCACGCUCGAAUUGACAGGUACGGCUCGCAGUUAUGAAGGCAGCUACUCGUUCAAUUUUGCGAUAGACGGGCAUCAGACUGGUAACCUUUAUAUGUACGCUCUCCCUCACCAUAUCGAUUCGUUUGAUCAGGAGACAAAGAGGCGUAUACAACGGGAAGCGCAGCUGCAAUCGACUACGAAGGGCCUUGCCACUUUGGUCAAGGGGAAUCGAUGGACCAUGCUUGAGCCCAAGAUGCCGGUGGACAUGACGUUUGCUCCCUGGGACCCCGAAAGAGGAAACAUGGAGAAGCUAUCAAGUCAUGCGAAGAGCAUCAUCCACGCGGCAGCCGCAAAGGAAAUCGCACAGAACAUGAUUGCGCAGAGCAAUCUAGACUCCAUGUACUUUAGCGGAAAGGCCUUGGCCAAGUUUGCAACCAUUCUUUACGUGGUCAGAUGGAUGCUAGGGGACAAUGCCUUAGCACAAACUGGCUUGGGUCAGCUCAAGGCGGCGUUUGCCACGUUUGCGGCCAACAAACAAAAGUUUCCUCUUGUCUACGAAUCUGCUUGGGGUGGUAUCGUGUCGUCGGCGAGCUAUGUUACCGGAAAUUCCGGUGCUGACUUUGGAAACACGUACUACAACGAUCAUCAUUUUCACUACGGCUAUCAUAUCCUCGCUGGCGCAAUCAUUGGCCAUCUCGAUUCAGGUUGGCUGCAGCAGAACAAGGACUAUAUCAAUGCGCUGGUUCGAGAUGUGGCCAAUCCUAGCGCCAAGGACAAGCUGUUUCCCAUGUGGCGGAAUUUUGACUGGUACCACGGCCACAGUUGGGCACAUGGUCUCUAUGCCGCUAUGGACGGCAAGGACCAAGAAUCGAGCUCUGAGGAUAUGAUGCACGCAUAUGCUAUCAAGAUGUGGGGCAAGGUCAGCAGGAAUGCCGAUUUGGAGGCAAGGGGUAAUCUGCAGCUCUCCAUCAUCGCCCGUAGCCUGCAAAAUUAUUAUCUGUACAAGAGCGACAACGAGGUACAGCCAAAGCAGUUUAUUGGCAACAAGGUCGCGGGCAUCCUAUUCGAGAACAAGGUAGACCACACUACGUAUUUCGAUCCCAACAUCGAGGCAAUUCAGGGGAUCCACAUGAUUCCUAUUCUACCCUCGACGCCGUUUGUGAGGGUCAAGGAAUUCGUCCAGGAAGAAUGGGACGCCUUUUUCAGCGACGGGCGGAUCGACGACAUUGGCAAUGCUUGGAAGGGCAUCAUUUGGGCCAGCUAUGCGUCGGUUGAGCCAAGGAAGGCUUGGGAAUUCUUUAGCUCUCGCUCAUUUAGCCCCCAGUGGCUGGAUGGCGGAGCAUCGCUGACGUGGUUUAUGGCUUAUUCUGCUGGUAAGUUCUAG